AUGGAAGAUCACCUCGCAAACUAUUUAAUGAUGUUGAUUGGCCAUAUUGUAAACCUUAUGUAUAAAGGAAAUGAGUCGCCGUCUGACCGAACAAGGUUGAAAGAUCAGGUGGACGAGUGGUAUGUUACCACCACAGAAGAAUUCCGUGGUAUAGCGUAUGGCGAGGUAUCCGAGAGUGGAUUUCAGAAAUUUUUCUUCCCAGUUCCUGCCUCAGCUGCUGCAAUUAUAUCGUUUCAUGCGGCCCAGAUUCUGCUUUCUGCAGAAGAGGACACAUUCAGCCCGCCGGCUAGUUUUUCGAAUAUCAAGGUCCAGGAGCAUGCUAAAUCUAUCAUCAAUAUUGCCUCUUCGGAGCUACCUGCCAGCGCUCGUUGCUUUGCCAUUACACCAAUAUAUAUUGCUAACAGCCCCAAGCGGAGAGGGAAAUUGGAUAUUGUACCCAAGACAAAAUACGAUCUUUGGAACAAAUGA